AUGAGCAAUCUACUUGGAACACACGAUGAUCAGUCUCUUGCCAGCUUGGUGGGACGUGUCGAGAAGGCCCGAUCCAGCUUGGCACCACGGGUAACACAAGAAGAUUUUUCAGAUGGUGAAGAGUCGUCUGCAAACAUUAUUCCUUCCAUGGGCAACGUGGGAAACCCAAACGCGCCCAGAUCUAGUUCCCACGCAUCCAUGCCACGAGAAACCUCGGUUGGUUCUUUUACAGCCGCCUAUUUCCCUCCGGAAGCAGCUACCAAGCCUCCAGCUGAAUACCCACCUCCUUCCUACUAUCGAGAUCCGAAUGAAUCGAAACCUCCCCCUACAGAAAUGGCCAUUUUGGGAAUUCCUGAUGAUGUCAGUACGAUUGCAAACGACACAUUGAAUGGGAGUAUUACUGGUUCCGUAUUUAAUUUCUUUCGUAAUGGAGCGGUUUCUCCCGAACGUCAACAGAGUACCAACACUCAGGGAGAAGAGAUUCCAGCGGGAUUUGGCGGUACCAUUCAAAUUCCCAAUUCGUCAAAGAAUCGAGAGUUGCCAAUGCACGUUGAUUCCCAACCCAGAAGGUGGAGCGGAAAGAAGUACUUGUACGCUUCCAUUCUUGCAGUAUUUUUACUGGCUGCCAUUGGUGCCUUGAGCUAUGGAUUCCUGAAAGUUCGAGAUCUCAAUUCAUUGUCGGCUCCAGUCGAUGAAGAUAGAGGCCUGAAUUUUACUCUUCGACCAACACCCAUGGUCACCGCAGCCCCCGCUGCGCCCACUAUGGCACCGACCAAACCCGAAGGAGUGAUUCCACAACCUACGACUCCCACCCGGCCACCAACUGGGCAACCCAGUGGCCGUCCAACAAUGACACCAUCACUUGUACCAACUAUUUCGGCGAGUACCAGUUUGAAACAAAUCCUGGGCGACAUUUCCCCCUCGAUUCUGGCAAACAUUGAAACCGAUGAUACCAAGCAAAAGGAAGCCUUUGACUGGUUGGUCAACGACCCUGACUACUUUACUUACAAUGAAUACAAGGUUGUUCAAAGAUGGGCUCUUGCCUUGUUUUCUUUGGAAAUUGCCAGUAGUCGUCGCCGUCUUUCCGAUCGACGCUUGAACGAGGCACUGGAGACUUGGAUGAAAUACACGGAUGAAUGUGCCUGGUUCACUUCGUGGUAUGAGAAUCGUGUGCCUUGUGAUGCUACAGGAUCAUUCAAGUUCUUGGUCCUGCGAAACAUUGGCUUGGACGGAACGAUCCCAUCGGAAUUGGCGCUCAUGACAAGACUUGAUACCAUUGUAUUGUCCGACAAUAACAUCAUCGGUACCAUCCCAGAGGAGUUGGGGUCAGGGCUAACAUUCUUGGAAAAUUUUGAGAUCAGAUCGAAUCAAGUACAAGGAACGAUCCCCGCAACUUUGGGGCAGAUGGAAGGCUUGAUUGUCUUGGAUUUGGGAAAUAACCAGCUGACUGGACAAAUUCCAGAAUUGCCGAUAAAGUCUCAAACUCUGAAGAUGAAUAACAACCAGCUGAGCGGAUCCAUCCCCGCAGGCAUCUCCAAUUUGGAAGACCUAAUCAACCUCGAUCUUAGCGCUAAUGCCUUGACCGGAACUGUCCCUCCAAUGGAUCGCUUGAAGUUGCUGGCCGAAGUGAAACUAACCGAUACCGACUUGAAUGGGUUCAUGCCAGCUGACUUGUGUUCUUUUGAACUCGAUAGUCUUGAAGCGGAUUGCGAAGAUAUCUUCUGUUCUUGCUGUACCAACUGUGAGUCUGUUGGUACCCCGGCUCCAACUCCAGUCCCAGCACCGAGUGUAUCCCCAACAAGCUUUCCUUCAACUUCUGCGGCACCAUCGACACAACGACCGACCCCUCUUCCUACACCGUACCCCACCCCUGAACCGACACCCGAACAGUGUUGGGAUAGAAUUGCGACAACCAAGACGUGCUUCACAAGAGGAGAAGAUAUCAAUUUUAGCUUUAAGAACUGUCUCCCAGUUGGAAAUGACUGGGUCGGAAUUUACGAUUCUGGAAGUCUUGCUUAUGAGUUGAACAACCCAAUGAUGUGGGAAUACUCGUGUGGUUCACAAGGUUGUUUCCGUGCAACUACGGAUGGUUUCUUAUCGUUUGACGGCUCUAGUGGGGGUACAGAAAGGUGGCCUUUGAAGUCGGGCAGUUACAAAGCGUGGAUGUUCCGUGAUGGAGGUGCUUCUGGACCAUUCUUUGCCUAUGCUGCCACCGAGACUUUUACUGUUGCCGAUAGCUGUUAG